AUGAAGCCGGCGAUCAGCCUGCGGGAGGGCACGGCAUGCACGCCCGCCGGUGCCGGCUCUCCGGCUGCGGCACCCUCCAUCGAUCGCCUGCAGGUCUCCACGAGGAUCGGAGGAGAUGCACGGGUUUAUCUUUGGCGCACGCGCCUCGGCCUCGUCGGAGAAGCGUGGCUCACCUUGCGCACAAAGAUGUGGAAAGUAGACAAACCCAGUCGUCCGCCUAUUCCCUUUCCCCUUUCUAUCCCCUCCUCCACUGCAGCUGCCCUGCUGCCCCCUCCUCGGCGAGGCGCCUCACGAGCGCCGCGAGGUCAGCGCGGGAGCCGCGCCCGCACGAGCGCCGCGAGGGAGGUGGCCAAUACGGCGAGGCGCCGCGCCCGCACGAGCGCCGUGAGAUCAAAGUGCAGCAGCAGCCAAUACGGCGAGGCGCAGCGACUGCACGGGCUCCGCGAGGUCCAGGGGCGGAAGCAGCCAAUACGGCGAGCGGUGCCUGUCCGGCGACCAUACGGCCUCCGCGGCGUGCUCGACCUUGCUCCUACGCCUCCUACCCGGGCUGGACCUCCCCCCGGGCGUCGUCCCCACCCGCAUCACCAAGCUCCCCAACGGCGUCCGCGACUCGGCGUCGCCUCCGAGGAUUUCCAGGGAGCAGCACAGGGAUGGCGAUUUUGGCAGCUCUGCUCUGAUGAUGCCGUCAGAGCACAGCUUGCUCGUUUUCAGCAUGAGGAAGAAGAUGAUUUGACAGGGAGCAGCACAACUUGCUUGUUUUGUUUCUCUGUAGCAAGUUAUUCUAUAAAUACUGAACACUAUGCAAGGAAAUCAGCAGCUGCCAUUGUUCAAGAAUGUACUAAUUCUCUGAACAUUGUUUUGUUUUUCUGUAGCAAAUUAUUUCUAUGAAUUCUGAACAUUUGCAAAGAAAUCAGUAGCUUUCAUUGUUAAGAGAAUGAGCUAAUUCUCUGAAAAUCUUUUUUGUUUUUAGCAUGAGGAAGAAGAUGAUUUGACAGGGAGCAGCACAGCUUGCUUGUUUUGUUUCUCUGUAGCAAGUUAUUCUAUAAAUACUGAACACUAUGCAAGGAAAUCAGCAGAUGCCAUUGUUAAAGAAUGUACUAAUUCUCUGAACAUUGUUUUGUUUUUCUGUAGCAAAUUAUUGUAUGAAUUCUGAACAUUUGCAAAGAAACUGUUGCUCCUUUGGAUCGAUGCCGGAGGCGGGACUGACUGACUCACCGCUGUUUCUUCAUCCGCAACACGUUCAGAUUAACACCGAGGCUCCCUGCCGUUCACAGCGUCUUGCCAAGUACAAUACUAC